AUGAUGCCUAAUCCUAAAAACAAUGCCGCUGAUUCCAAAACGAACAACAACAAUGCUGAUACGAAGAACAACAAUCCUGCUGCUAAGAAGAACAACGCUGAUGUGCAAAACAAUUCUGAUUCCAAAACAAACGCUGAUGCUUCCGCUCAGGGAGAUGGUGGUGGUAACCCGUUUUCUCCACAUGGCGCAGCUGAACCGGCUGAGAGCCAACAUUCUCUUAAUGGCAAUAAGGUUUACAAGAGUGGACCAUUAUUUCUGUCAUCAAAAGGAAUUGGCUGGACCUCUUGGAAGAAAAGGUGGUUUGUUCUGACACAAACCUCAUUGGUUUUCUUCCGAAGUGAUCCAAAUGCUGCUCCUCAAAGGGGAGGUGAGGCGAAUCUAACCCUUGGUGGCAUAGACCUCAACAGUUCGGGCAGUGUGGUUGUUAAAGCAGAUAAGAAACUCUUGACGGUGCUAUUCCCAAAUGGUCGUGAAGGGAGAACUUUUACUCUUAAGGCUGAAACUACAGAGGAUUUAAAUGAGUGGAAGGCUGCACUGGAUGAAGCUUUGGCAAAUGCACCAAGCAUUUCCCCGAUGGCGGCGCAAAGUGGAACAGUGAAAAAUGAGAAGGGUGAUACAGCUGAUGGUUCUUCAGAACAGCCAAAAGACCGAUCCCCGCCAAAAUCAAUGGUCCUUGGUCGUCCAAUCUUACUUGCAUUGGAAGAUAUAGAUGGAACUCCUUCUUUCUUGGAGAAAGCCCUUAGAUAUGUUGAAGAUCAUGGAGUGAAAGUAGAAGGCAUCUUGAGGCAGGCUGCAGACGUAGAAGAUGUUGAGCACCGUAUCCGAGAAUACGAGCAGGGGAAGGUGGAGUUUACCGCAGAAGAGGAUGCACAUGUUAUAGGAGACUGUAUCAAGUAUGUUCUUCGGGAGUUACCAUCACCCCCAAUUCCAGCAUCUUGUUGCAAUGCUUUGCUAGACGCAUAUCGAACCGAUCAAGCCAACAGAGUGAACGCCAUGCGUGCAGCUAUAUGUGACACAUUCCCCGAACCAAAUCGUCGUUUAUUACAGAGAAUUUUAAUAAUGAUGGAAGCUGUUGCUGACAACAAGAAUGUGAACAGAAUGAGUGUUUCAGCUGUUGCAGCCUGCAUGGCACCACUACUUCUUCGGCCCCUUUUGGCUGGUGAAUGUAAUCUCGAAAGUCAAUUUAGUAUGGGUGGUGAUGGAUCUGCUCAACUUAUGCAAGCAGCUGCAGCUGCUAACCAUGCUCAAGCAAUUGUGAUCACCCUGCUAGAAGAAUACGAUAACAUAUUUGGAGAAGGAGACAUGUUAAGUGAUUUAUACUCUGACUCAGAAGAACUUGGAAGUGAGAGUGAAGAGCUUAGCGAGGAUGAACUUUAUGAAGAUGAUGAGUACGAGGAUGGUGAAUAUACAUCUGAGGGUUCUGAUGCAAAUGAAGAUUCUGAACAUGUAUCAACCUCUAGUCAAGGUGAAAGUGCUCGAAACCACAAGAAGGGACCUGGUACCUUUAGCUCACGGUCCAUUUCCCACAAAGUAACUGGCGAUGUGGAGGCCGUUAAAAAGUUACGAUCAAGUUCUAAGGGUCGAUCGGUAUGCCAAGUUGGUGAUAAUGUUUCAAAUCAGAGUAAUGACCAUUCAACAAGAAAAGCAGUUGAGUAUGUUAAAAUUUCUGAAGAUGACAACGUACAAGCAAGUACUAGCAGAGAGUCAACUGAUAACAUUCAGAUAUCUUCAACUACUGCAGAUGGGACUGCAAACAUGCUACAAACUACUUCUCAACAAACUGCCAUAAAGCCUGAGGCCACCAAAGAGGAACUGAAAAUGAAAACUGAAUCGGAGGAAUUGUUGAGCAAAAAGAAAGCUUUAGAGGCGCGCCGUCUGCAUCUCGAGCAAGAAGUGGCAAGAUUAGAGGAACAGCUGCGAAAGGAGAUGGAGUUGAGGGAAAAACUUGAGGAGGGAAUUAAGAUAUCACAACAGGCCCUAUUUUCAUCAAUCCCUAUCAAUCAGAAGGCAGAGAAUUAUCGUGAGGCUACAGCCACUUCUCAUGAGAGUAAGGACGGAAAUGACAAACAUCAAUUUCACUCUUUUUCUACUAAACUACCUCCACACCAGCAGCUUGAUUCGCAUUCUAGCAAAGAUAGCGAUGAAAAACAUGAAUCCAAAGAUAUGAAAAAAUCUUCUUCAAACAAAACUAAAAGGUUGAACUCAAAGACCGAGACAACUGGAACAAAUUCAGCAAUGUCAAAGAUUACAAAUGGACUUAACUUCUUGAAAGAAAAAGCCGAUGAGUUGCAGCUAAUGAAUAAAGACCGUGGUAAAAAUCAGUCCCAAAAGCACACUCGAAAAGGGUCUAUGGAUGAAUCGGAUGGUCAAUCAUCCACAAAACCGAAAGAAAGUUCAUUCCAGAAGUUUGAUUCUUUGGAUAGGGGAAGAAGAUCAGAUGACCAAUCUACAAAACCCGAAAAAGAGAAAUCCGAAAGCUUAUCAAUGGAUAAACAACACGAUACGAGAUGA